UCCAAGAUUUUAGCAAUGUUUUAAAAUGUGUUUUUGAAAUGAUGUAAAUGUUGAAGUGCUCUCUGUAAUUGUACUGUCGGAUCGACGACACUCCUUGCGAGGUAUUUGUCUAGGGCAGCGUGUGUUGUUGUUCAUUUAUUUCUAUACUUGCAAAGGGCGUUAUCGCCGCGCCGUCCACUCGGCGUGUUACGUCAGCUCUUAGGCCUGGAGCUGGAACGUGGUACCGCCCUGGGCGAGCUCACAGUACAACCAGGCCAGGUUAGAUGGAGUUGAAUGGGAAGCUAUAUGGGUGGCUGUUGCAGAUUAUCGGCUAUAGAUGAGGCGAAUCAUUUGAUUAGCAGUUCACUUGAGCCGCACCAGCCGCGCCGAGUGCCGCCUCCAUCCCUCGGUAUCCCCAACAUGGCAGACAGAAAACCCAGCGUGGACCCCGCGAGGAAGGGCAGCGCAUUUGACCAGCCAAUAGAUCUAGACCAUGUGCUCAUCAACGAGCUGGGACAGUUUGGAUUGUUCCAGUUGAGGAACAUCCUCUUGGUGGCCAUACCUAUUAUCAUGUCGGCUUUCAUGAGCGAAUUCGUCUUUUCUGCUGCAGCUAUUCCUCACAGGUGUCGGAUCCCAGAGUGCGGGGAAGUUGAGAAAAGUACGAAUUACGACCGAGAGUGGUUGGCGAACGCCAUCCCUGAGAGCGACUCUGGAUUCGCGAGCUGUGAGCGAUUCGCUCCAGCCACCGGGAUCAACGGGACCUUGGACUACUGUCCGCCGAACAUCUUCCAGACCAACACCAUUGAGUGCGAUGGAUUCAUUUAUACCAGAGAUAACUCUGUUGUUUUUGACUUCGACCUUGGGUGCCAGGAGUGGCUUCGUGCUCUUGCCGGCACUUUAUCCAGCGUGGGGACAUUGCUGGUCCUGCCCAUCACUGGUUAUGUUUCCGAUCGCUUCGGGAGACGUAUGGCCCUAGUGAUCAGCGUCUUCAACUUGGCACUAUUUGGCUUAAUCAAAGCCUUCUCUGUAAACUACGUUAUGUACUUGGCUUUCCAGGUAAUACAGACGACUCUGGGGGCCGGCACCUUCAGCUCCGCCUACAUAUUCGCCACUGAAUUCGUGGGACCGAAGUACCGAGUCAUUACCAGUGCGACUUGCUCAUCGAUGUUCGCGGUCGGUCAAGUGGUCCUCGGGGGGAUCGCGUGGCUGGUCCAGCCCUGGCGGUACAUGAUCAUGACGCUCCACAUCCCUUGUUUCCUUAUCGUCUCAUACUACUGGCUACUAUCGGAGAGCGUGAGAUGGCUGCUCUCAAAGAGAAAAUUCGAUGAAGCCCGACGGGUCCUGGAGAAAGCUGCUCAGGUUAACAAGAGAGAGAUUAGUCAGAAGUCUAUGAACGCAUUGAUGAGGCCUCCGGCGGCGGUCGCCAAGGCGGAACCCGUAGAAGCAGACCCUGGAGUUCUCAGAACCAUCAUCAAAUCUCCUAUCCUACUCCGUCGUGUGUGCACCACGCCGAUCUGGUGGAUCACCACGACUUUCGUGUACUACGGCCUCUCCAUCAACUCUGCCAGCUUAUCAGACACCAUUUACUUGAAUUACAUCCUGACCUGUGCUAUCGAAAUCCCUGGAUUUUACACUGCGGUCUUGAUUCUGGACAGGGUCGGAAGAAAGCCGACUUUAUCUGGUGGAUUCUUCUUCAGUGCUCUUUGCAAUAUAGCCUUUGCUUUCAUACCUAACGACAUGACAGUUCUUCGCUUGAUAAUAUUCCUUCUGGGCAAGUUCGGUAUCUCCAUGGUGUUCACAUCCCUGUACCUGUUCACGUCCGAGCUGUACCCCACGCAGUACAGACACAGCCUGCUCGCAUUCUCGUCCAUGAUCGGUCGCAUCGGAUCCAUCACUGCUCCACUCACUCCUGCUUUAAUGGAGUAUUGGCAUGGCAUACCUACGGUGAUGUUCGGCGCUAUGGGCUUCCUCUCCGGAGUGCUGAUCCUCACUCAGCCCGAAACCCUGGGCACCAAGAUGCCGAACACACUCGCAGAGGCAGAGGCGCUUGGCACUCCUCAAUCCAAGAUACAAAGCAACUAAUCUCAUGUUACGAAUUAUCAUAUUAGAUUUAAGUGAUCAGCGUUAAAAUACACAAAACAACAUGCUUCAUUUUAUAUUUAGCUCAUGAACUCUGUUUAUUUCCGUCAUAAUACUAGGCAUCAAAAGAAACUACAACGAACAAACAGAAGCCAUCUUUGAGGCAGAAAAGUUUUUGAUGCCUCGUAAAAUUUCAGGUUUCAGUUUUGGUAGCCAAAGAAACCAAACUAAACAUAUACAAAUGUAUAGCAUCGGUCAUACAGACCAACUUGAACUUAUAUUUAUCAUAAAUAAAGGGUGUUACAAUAAAUUGUUGUAAUUAACAUUAAUUUCUACUUAUAAUUUUUUACUGAAGUAACUAUAUUAGAUGACAAUUUGCCUGACAAUUCGACAAGAAAAUGUCUGCCUUCGAAUCAGUCGUGUAUUUCGGUCUGAAAUGUCCGCAGUUGUGAUUCAACACACUUAGAACUUGGAGCUUAUGCAUCAGGGGAUGAUGACAUUCAAGUUUGAUACGUACGCCCUGCUGCAAGAAUGUGUAUAGUAAAUGUGAAAAGUAUUUAAAACGCUAAAAAUGUAGGCAAUAAAUAGAAAUAAGCAAAGAACAAAGUGACUAAAAAGUUUAACUAUUUAUUUAAAAAAUAUAAUUUGAGUAUGAGUAAGAGUCGCGGAGAGAGAACUGUGUAGUGCGAGUAUAUGUAAGCAGCUAGUUAUUGCUGGCAUUGUUAAUGACAGGUGCUAAUGCAGGUAAGCUUUAUAGCAUUUUUGGUUUGUCAGUGCAGUUGAUUCAGAUGAUUUGGUUCGCACCGAGAGUUAAACUUUGAUUCUAAUAAAAUUUAUAUGCAU